AUGAAGGAGACCACUGAAGGUUACCUGACAAAAGACAUUAAACACACUGUUAACACCGUCCCUGCCUACUUCAACAACGCCCAGUGGCAAGCGACCAAGGAUGCCGGUGCAAUUGCCAAGCUGGAUGUUCUCCGUGUUAUCAACAAACCCACUGCUGCUGCUUUGGCAUAUGGUCUAGAUCAAGAAGAAUCACGGUUGAUCGCGGUCUACGACCUUGGAGGCGGUACCUUUGAUUUGUCUUUUAUCGACGCAACCGAUGGCGAAUUUGAUUCUAAGGAACGCUUGGUAGUCUAUGUAUCAAGGCUCUUUGUCAACGAGAUCGACGCCUUACCUGGUCUUACUCAAUCAACGGUGAACGCCGAGGAAAGCAUCUGGAUACGUUUUCUGUUGCUCAACCUUGGUAAGGUGUCUUCCAAGCCUAGUUUCAAUGAUCAACAUCUUGAUAUUCCCUUGGUUCUCCCUAAAGACGUCCGACCUCCCCCAGAGGUUGGAUGUGACGGGAACAACUUCGUGUUUACGGUGAUUCCUGAUGUCACGUUUAACGGGCUAAGAUUCUCCCAAAUCAACUUUGAAAACCGGGGUAUAGGUGUAACCCCAUUGGGGUUUGCUAUGGCCACAUUCUCAGCAGGCAACGGUCAGGUCCCAGAGUUCUUGGAAACAGCGGGAAAGUUGUACACCGCUGUUAAUGCAGCUUUGAGAAGCACCGGGGAAAGAAAUAUCCUGAAGCAAUUAAAAGUGGUUGACUUUUUCAUUGCAAGCCAAAUUGAUGCAAAUAAAGGUGUGAAUGGCCAGCAAGGCCAGAAAAGAAAUCUCAAAAAGGUCUUCACCAAUUGUUCUAAAAAAAAUUGCACACCAGGAGAACGUGGUCAAAUCGAAGUCAUGAUUAAUAAGCUGUGA